CCUCUCCCUCUGUCUCUCCUUCUCUGUUUUGCAUCGCAGAGAAGGGAAGGGCGAGAUUGAAUCGGGAAGGAGAGGCGAAGGAGAGAAUUUGGGCAACCGUCGCCGUCGAUCAGUCGCUGUGCCGUCGACCAUGGAAGACGAGUCCUCGAACCCACUCCGUCGCAUGUCCAGCCGGACUCGCAAGGUCGCUCCUAAGAUGGUAGCUGCCCUCGCCAGCAGCGACAAUCGAACUCAGGCCAUGCUUGCUCGGCUUGAAGCUUUGGAGAAUGACAAUGCCGGGACCGAAGUGGGAGAUCUUAAUGACGACGACGAAGCUUCCCUGGACGACGACGACGACGACGGUUAUAUGCACAAAAAGCAAUCGAAGAGCACAAGACGCAAAACACGUCAAGCGAAAGCUCUUGAAAAUGCCAGGAAAGCUCCUAGAACAUUCCUUGAGCUCCUGCAUGAGGCAAACCUCGAGUCCUUGCCUCCUCAUAUUCCCUCAUACUUAAGGGCAGCAGUUGGACCUCCAAGUUCUACCUCUCGUCGCCAUUUUUGCACUGUUUGUGGGUUCACCGCCACUUAUACAUGUGUGAGGUGUGGGAUGCGUUUCUGUUCUCGCCGAUGCCAGAACAUACAUAACGAUACCCGUUGUCUAAAAUUUGUGGCCUGAUCAGCUGGGAAACUUUCAGCACAAGUUUUGGCACUGAGCAGAGGACCUCUCUUAAUUCAAAUAGUUUCUCGGCAGGUUCAAAUGCAGAUUUGUCCCCUUUGUAGGCGUUUUUGUGACCAAUGUAUAUUUUUUAAGUUGGAUCUGAUUAGCAUGAGCGUUGGGUUGUCUGGUGCGACAAGGAUUGUGAAUGUUGAGGAUGAUUUUGGCUAUGUAGAUUUUCAGGGGGUAAAUUGUCCCUGGAUAACGUCACUUGCUUCAUGUAGCCGGCGGUGAAAGCUUGCUACCGGUAGUACUUGCCACUCGACAGGUGGCACAGGCCAAA